GGAAGACGAGCCACCACGCGUGCCUCGUGGGCCGGCCAAUAUUCAGCCUCGGCCCAGACAGCAGCCCAAUGGGCCUGAGUAUUGGACUCCGCCGACGCCGCACAAGUCCCCGGUUCCCCAGUCGCCGCAACCGUUUCUCCCCCAGAGUCAUCACCCGUCAUCGGAGCCCGAAGAUGCCUCGGGCUAUCCUCCACGGGACGGACCGGAUAGAAAACUCCCUCCGCCGCCGGCUUUCGGAUUAGGUUCCCGGGCUCCGAUGCCGGGAUCUCACCCGCAACGUUCGGCAAAUCCCAACCGGGCCCACUACCCGCAAACCGGACGGACUAAAUCCACCGCCCCUCUGGUAUGGCUUGCAUGUGGUUUCUUGAUUGGAGUAGGCCUAAUAAUCUUUGUUGUCUAUCUCGUCUACCGACCACGAAACUUGACGUUUGACAUCUCGAAUGCCAACCUGAAUGCGGUCUCUCUCGACAUGGGAAGUCUCCUCAGUGUCGAUCUCACUCUGCUUGCAAAUUUCACAAACCCUAACCCCAGAGGGAGUGUCGAGUUCAAGCACUCGACCGUGGGUCUCUACCACUACGGGACCCCAUUGGCAUCCGCCAACAUUCUCUCUUUCCCUCUCGCGCACGGCGAGUACAAGUUUCAAAAUGUCCACCUGGCUGGGGCCCAAGUCGGGAUCUCGUCAAACCAGAGCAACUUGAUAAGCAAGCAGAUGGAGGGUGGGAGCGUGUGGUUUCGCGUGCAAGGCACGUUCCGGACAAGCUUUGUUUGCGUUUUCAAGUACUCAUAUUUGCUCCAUGGCUAUUGCACCAUUGUUCUUACUUACCCUCCCCCAGGUGUCUUGAUUGCUAAAAGUUGCACAACCAAAAGAGUUUGAAACAUGUUUGGGACAAAAAAACAUCACAUUUUGUCAAAAAGGGCAUCUCUACAAUGGUUCUAGAGUAUAUGGCACCUGUGUGGACUAGUAGAAAUCGGGACCGGUUCCUGCGCGAUUGUGUCAAUCUAGAAUUAACUUAACAACGUAUAUGCCUCAAAAUUGCUUGUUUUCGGGCAUGUGUAUUUCCUCAAUUCUUUAUUUACUCGUCCUCGUUUUUACUCGACCUUGCCAGUGUAGAAUUGAUUCAAGUCAGUAUUGACAUCCUUCCCAAUCCUAACUCGACACAGUUCUUGCUGAAACAGACAUGAUUUUCCGAAGUACACGACUCCGCUUGAAGAGGACAAAAGUGUCUUUUACAGUAGACAUUCGUAAUUCUUAAAAAAAGUGAUGCUUUAUUAUUAAUUGACAUAUAAUAAACAAACUUACACACUAAUUGUACAUUCGUAAAUAAGAUCCGAUUUCGGGG